AUGUCGUGCAUCCAAGUAGAAUCCACUGAUGGAGAAUCGUUCGUCAUUGACCAAGCAUGUUCGAUUGCACAUGAAUCUAAAUUCAUGCGCAUGAUGCUGGAGUCGAACUCUUCUGGAAAAUGUAGAGUCUGCAUUACUGCAAGCAUUAUGAAAAAGUUGAUUAGCUACUCAGCUAAUCAACUUGAGGCGUCAUUAGAUUUGAAGAUGUGCUCGGCAGACACGUUGGUUGACUUACUCAAGGCGGCUCAUUUCCUAGAUAUGAGCACCGUUGAAGAUGUGAUCGCUGAGAGCAUUGCAGACAGAAUGAAGGGACAGAAUAGGGAGACAAUCCGCCAAAUAUUUGGCAUUCAAAAUGAUUUCACCGAAGAAGAAGAAAAGCAACGUCUUCGGGAGAGUGGAUGGGCAUUCAAAUGA